AUGGCGUCCGCGUUCCAGAAUACGUGGCAAACUGCGCUCGAAGUCGAAAAGGAGCUCCUCCGGAGCCUGGCCGAGAAAGAGCCGACGUUUGCCGAAAUCUCCCAUUAUCUUACGGAGUUCCGCUCCGCGUGUCAGGAUGCCAUCCUCCAGGAUUUCGAAACCGCCCGCUCCGUCGAUGUUGAAGGUCGUCUUUGGGAUGCGCACCUCAAGAUCAACAAUCGAUUCCGAAAACUGCUUUCCCGCUUCCGCGAGGAGAAUGGGAAGAAGAAGAAGCCGGUAGAGAGGCGGAAACUCGAGAAACAUUAUCUCGAGUACAUCAAAUCGAGUCAACGGUUCUAUCGAGCCUAUAUUCAACAAUUGGCCUCCCAUUUCGGGGGCAUCUUGGAGCUGGAAAAAGUUGCGCGGAAAUUCAAUUUUGACAACCUAUCAGCGGAGCCUGCAAUCCAGCCAUCCGAAGCUCUCAGGAGGCGCAUCCUUCAGUCAUGCCAUGCAACCCUUAUCCGUCUCGGUGAUCUCUCGCGCUACCGCGAGACCGAGCUGGUUGAGAAGAACCGUAACUGGGGCCCAGCCAUCGGUUAUUACGACUUAGCGACAUUGAUCUAUCCAUCCUCUGGUGCUUCCCACAACCAGUUGGCGGUCAUUGCGCUGGCCGACGGCAAUCACCUCAGGGCCACUUAUCAUCUUUAUAGAGCGCUGGCGGCCCAGGAACCGCAUCCCUCGGCGAGGGGAAACUUGGAAAUCGAAUUUAGAAAGGUUAUGAACGCAUGGGCCAAACGAGAGUUGAUUCCUCCCGAAGAUGCUGGCAUUCCCGGGGUCGACUUCCCCGAACACGACGAGCUUGAAAGCGAGGUUCUCAAUCAGCUUGCCGUGGAUCUCAAAGAGCGCUCACUCGAAGGUACUUUGCAGAAGUUCUGCCUAAUAAAUAUCGCUGCCGAGGAAUUCUCCCGGACACGCACGAUCGAAGAGUCCGUAUCCAAUGCGCGCCUCUUCUUCCAGCGGGUCAACGUGAAGACGUUUUUUACUUUGCUUCAGAUUCUCCUGGCCGAAGUCGAGCGAUUCGCGGUUGAGGACCCGGAUAAUAAGGACGCGACAACCGGUCCAGAUAAAGUCACUGUCGUUGCGCGGCGUAUUCUACCGGCGCUUCGCAACUACAGCUCUUGGCUUCUCACGGUUAGCAGCCUUUUAGUGGCCUACAAGGGGGAAAAGGACACGCCUCUUGCAGUCCAGAUAAUUGAAUUCUGGAAGAUAUAUGCAAACACCCUGACGCUCCUUGCAUCCACAUUCGACGUGGUACAUCUUCCCGAGGUCGACUAUCUGUUGGAGGAGGAUGAAGAGACUCUAGGCUUUGCGCCCCUGACCACGGAAUCGACUUCCCGCAGGUACUUGAGUUCAAAUGGCCAGCAAAAACCUCGGAUGAAUGACCCGGGGGUUGAAAGGAACCAUCCCAACAUGGAAAUGCUUUACCGGAUUCGCGAAUUUGUAAUUGAUGGACUGGACCUUGUCGUGAGCAAUAAAAUCCCCAUCGCCUUGGUGGACGACGAAGAUAAAAAGACAUUCAUAUAUAAGGAAGAAGGUCUUCCGUCGCAAUUUUUCGCUAGCCCCUCGAACCACCACCAUACGCUCUCCUCAGCCAGCAUCGAACGGGAGGAUAUCCAGCAAGCGACACAGGCGCUCAAUCACAACGUCGACGCCAAGAGUGUCUUUGGCGGGUCGCAAUCCGCCUCAGCAUCAAUAUCUGCCAGCAUGCAUCGCAUCGUUGAGGGCGUAGAGCGAUUGGUCGAGUCGGACACCUACGAGAACGCCCCGGCCGUACCCGAGCAACUGACGUUUCCACGAAGCAGCAGUCAACGCCCGUCUAGUCAGUUCUUCGACCCCAGCACAGAAUCGAUCUUCCAAGAAGAGCUCCUUCCGCGCCACACCCCUGCUGCUCCUCCUGGGCUCGCACCACCGAUGGCCAGGUCUGCAUCUCUGGCCCGGGCAUCAUCCUCCCAAUCCUACACUCCACGGCCUGCGCUUCCCGGCAUUCCAAGCAUAUGGAACACUGCUUUGUCACCGGAACUUGGAGACGCUCCCUCGCCACGAACCCCUCCCGGCCUGGGACAGCAGUAUCUGACUCCUAUGCUGGCUGGAGCCAUCAGCAGCCCCAGUCACCACCACCCAUCUCAGGAUGCGAUCGUCAACGAACUCAUGCUCCGUCAGAAUCUGAUCAAUCAGCAGGCCCAAAUGCAGGGCAGCCUCAAUGGGCCUAGCCCCAUGUCCUCUCCUUGGAUGCCCUCAUCAAACCCUUCUUCGCAUCACCGUCUCUCGGGUUUCUCGUGGGAUCGAAACCUGGACGCCGCCGCAAACAUCCCGGCAUCUUUCGGACUGCCCAGUCAACCCAUAUCUAGCGGUCUAGCCAAUGCCUCGUGGGCAAACGACGCCUUUAUUGCCAGCAGUUUUCCCUCCGGAGCGGGUGAUUACCCCAGUUCUGGGUUCAGCGGCAAUCGGAGAUCCGCCCCGCAGUACGGUGCCAUCGGUCAAACUCCCCCAUGCGGACACGGAGGUUGA